UGUAUACGUUCAUCUCACGUGCGAUUAACCCAGAACGUAUCUGGAAUAUUAUUUUACGUCUGUAUUGGCUUAUUUGGGUUUUGACGAUUUACACGUGAGUUUAUAGAAUAUGCAAUUAAAAAUGAUAAAAACUUUUAAUCCAAAAUUAGCGAAGCAUAUACUUCAAGAAGAGAAUAAAUUUAUUUCGAAUAUAUAUUCGAAAAUGCCUUUGCCCAUGUUCGAAUUAGUCAACCAGGAUGAAGAUGAGGAAGAAAAGGACAAUUUUAUAGCAAGGGUUCCAGGAGCGACGACAAAAAGGGCUCAGACUUUCGAAGAAUUACAUGUCAAAUUGGAAGAAUUAAAGAACGUUAAAAAAUUGGGAUACAAACAGAAACUUCUAAAGAAAACUUUAAAGAAUAAAAUUAAAAAAAAGACAAAAAAAGAAGAACGUUUAACGCAGAAGAAGUCAGUAAGAAUGGAACAGCAAACAGCUGACUUAAACAAUUUUAAUUUUGAAGAUAAUGAGAUGCAAAAAAUUCCAAAGCCUAAACCAAUAUUUAAUUCUGAAGGUAAGAUGGUCUUUAGUAAGUUUGAUUUCUCUGAAAUUGGAACAAAGAAAAAAUCGUUGAAAAGUGAAAAAGAUCCGAAGAAAAUUCUUCAACACUUGCAACAGAAAAAUGAAAAAUUGAAGAAAUUGGAACAGUCCGGUGAAAAAGACAAAGUAGAAGAGAUCAAAGAAAAAGAAGCUUGGAAAUCGGCCCUUGCAAGAGCCAGCGGUGAAAAGGUUAAGGACGAUCCAGAUUUAUUGAAACGCACAAUAAAACGACAAGAAUUAAAAAAGAAGAGGAGUUCUAAAAAGUGGGAGUCUAGAAUAGAGUCUGUACAGAAAUCUAAACAAGAAAGACAAGAGAAAAGGCAAGAAAAUAUUACAAAAAGAAAACGAGAGAAAAAAACGAAUAAACUCAAAAAAGCUGCAAAAAAAGGAAGAGUGAUACCAGGAUUUUAAAUAGUCAAGAUAUUGUAAAAUAAAAUAUAACCUCGGCGGUGCCAAUAUUGUAUGCUAGUCAGGACUACUCAAUUCCAAUGCAGUACUUUGUUCAGGAUCAGAUCUUUCUUCGACAACGGUAUCCAGUUCUAACGAUGGAAAUGCUCUUGAUCCACGAUCACUUUUCAAGGAUACAGUUCUCGUUGGACGAUCAACGCCAGCUAAAGAAAACAAAAAAUCAUCAUCAUCAUCAUCAAUUUCAAAGAGU